CUAUUGACAACAUUUCCAUUCUCAAAUCUCGCAAAUCCGAUUCCAAAUCAAUCGUCUAAAAUCGUCGACAGCAACGCUCCGCCGGCCGCCCUCCCCCACCUUCAUCUCGAUCUCGCAUAUCGCCGCUAACCGCCGAUCCCCACCUCGCAAUCUGCGCGAAUUUCUGUCUUCUUCUCCAGGUGGUCGCCGGUCGUCGUCGUCGCUGCCAUUUCAAACUUAUUUUGCCAAGUUUUUAAAAAUUGAUUUGUGUCAGGGCAAUAGUGGGGAACAAUAGAGUAGGAUUUGUAGGUUGGAAUACGAUGAUAUUUGUAGGUUGUGUUUUGAAUAGCAAAUGCACAGUAAAACCAGGAGAGUAAACGCGGCCCAAAUUUGGAUACUUCGGUAUAUUAUACCCGUUACUCUAAUUUCAAAGCCGCCUUGAAUUGGAGAAAUGAUUCGCAAAUUUUUCUGAUUAAAGCUGCGAGAUCCCAUUCUCGGUUGUCGAUCUGAGUUUGGAUUUCGAUUCUCGGCUGUAUGAUUGAUCACUAAUUAGGGCACCAUCAUUCGUCCUCGGUUUUUGUGGUUUUGGAGAAGAAAGGCAUCUGAAGAAUGGCGGCUAUGGUAUUGCUGGAUAUGGUGAGGAGAAAUCCUCACUUCGGCGCGCAAGCCUUCAAUUCGAGAAGCCUGUUUACCACCAAACUCGGCGGAGCUUCCACCGCGGCUGCUUCUUUCGCCUUCGCGACUCCUUUCGCAUUCGGAGCUCUGUUUGGAAAUGGCCUAACACAAGUUGCGUAUUGUGAUGCGGGUGCAACUCUGGAUGAAGAUUACAUUUCAAGCAUACGAUACGCGUCUGGGAGGAUAUUUAAUAGCAAUGCGCUGAACUACAGUCCCAAGCAGUAUAAUAUUCAGUUGAAACCACUAUUCUCAGCAUUUCAUUGGAAAACUUUGGCACUGACUUCUCUGAGGUCUUUCCUGUUGUUCUAUUUGCCACUUGUGGAGCCCCAAACGGCUGUGGAAGAUGCUGAUGACGAGGAUUUUCUACAGGAAAAUCCUGAGGAAAAACGUUUGGAUUUGAUUGUUCCUUUCAAGAAAUCUGUUAAGCAAAUAGUUCGUGAGACAAGUGUAGUUACUACGAGGCGAGUCCUUGAAAGACUUGCAGUUCACUAUGUUUCACAGCGCAUGGCCUGGAAGCUUCUCAAAGAUGUACCAAAAUCAGCCACUCGAAAGGCUGCCAGAGGGAUGCCAACUACAACAUAUGCUUUUUGUGUGAGCAGAACCACAUUCAGAGGACAUUGCCUCGGAAUUUUAGCAUCAUGGAUAGUCCAAGUAGGCAUUGACAUUUAUCGAUUCCUUAGGUCAAUAUCCAAGCCCAAGGAAGAAGGUGAUGAUCCUGUCGACACAUCAGAACAAGCUCGAGUUCUUGUAAAGAAGGUUUGUGGCACCACCGUGAGAUGUGGCGCGUCUCUUAUUUUUGCUUCUAUUGCAGCUGGGAUCGGAGCAACAUUUAUUCGACCAUCGGCUGGGCAAUGGAUCGGCUGUGCACUUGGGGAUCUUUCAGGGCCAGUUAUCGUUGCCUUCUGUUUUGAGAAACUGCAGGUUGAGCUGUAGUAACUAAACAGACACUUGGUCGACAAAGUUAGUGACGGAACGCAUAUCUGAAUGGUUGCUAGGCAUUGGUAUGUUUCUUUCUGACUCUUUGGGAUUUGAUUUUUGAUCAUAACAUUUUUGUACUUCUAUCAGAUGCUUUUAAGUUCAUAAACAUGGCGGAUCUCAUUAAAAAAAAUGUUUUUUGUGCAUUUAGAAAUCUCGAAACAGAGUUCUUUUGCAUGUGAUAUUGUACUAAUCUUGAGGUAGGAGCUGCGAAUUUAUGUGGUCGAAUUUUGCUUAUUACGAAUAAAGAUGACAAUGAGUUUGUAUG